ACAUCCCUAUGGCAAUAACUUCACAAUGCUAUCAAAUACCGAAUACUAACUAUGAUGGCCAUCUCUACUAGAGACAAGAUGGUGUCUCCCUAGACUUCUGACGAUAAAAAAAAUCCAUCGCGAUAAGAACCCGCUACCACCCUGCCUUCCACCUUGUCGCGUUCACCAACUGUACAUUCACACGUCUACAUAUUGUUGCAAACCGAUAGGUGUAUUGGGGGAUAGUAUACUGGCUAUAUACUGCAAUUCUCUGGUGGUUUGAGGUGGUUCGCACUGUAUUCUGUGAUAAAGCGGUGCGUGCAGAUGCUUGAGCAGAUUUGGCCCUCCGCUCGACUACCGCUGGGGGGCCCCCUGUGACGACCGCCGUCGAUGAACUCGUUACGCCUGGUCUGCAGAGCCUGCAGUGGCUUGGACGGAUUGUCGAUUGUCUCUUCAGGCUUGGUGCCUGCGAAAAGAGCACGACUGCCGACAUCGAAGCGCCCGCGUUUGCCGUGGUGUGUAUUAUCGACGUCGACCAGACCCUUCCAUUCGACACGUCAGCACUGCUCUUCUUCCCCCGAUAGCUGCUCCGAUCCGCCGCGCAGGAUCAGCUACCGAGUCGCGGUCUCAUCGUCCGGCAAGGGUCGUCGCUUUCACCCGGCCAAAAACGUGUACGACUUCGAUCCCGCGGUUCACGAUGCUUUGGGACUCGUCAACGAGGAUGACAACCCGGUGACACGCCGCAAGCAGCGGCCAGAUAGUGGAGAGGAUGCCUUCUUCGUGAGCAAGAUUGGGUGCCCGCAAUCGGGAGCACAGGAAUUAACCACCGUUGCGUUCGGUAUCGCGGACGGGGUGGGCGGCUGGACCGAGUCGCGCGUCGACCCGGCAGAUUUCUCGCACGCGCUGUGCGGCUAUAUGGCCAGGUCGGCGCUGAGUUGGGAGUCUCCCGCGGACACCCUCAAGGCCAAAAGCUUGUUGCAAAUGGGAUACGACCAGGUGGUGGCCGACAAGUACAUCCAGGCGGGGGGGAGCACCGCAUCGGUGGGCAUUGCCCACAGCGAUGGAAGAGUCGAACUUGCCAAUCUCGGCGAUUCCGGGUCCGUCCUCCUCCGUCUAGCCGCCGUACACCACUACUCCAUCCCCCAGACGCACGGGUUCAACACACCCUACCAGCUGAGCAUCAUCCCGCCGCAGAUGCGCAAGCAGGCGUCCAUCUUCGGCGGCUCGUUUCUCGAGGACCUCCCGCGCGACGCCUCCGUCACGAACAUCCACAUGCAGCACGGCGACGUCCUCCUCCUUGCCACGGACGGCGUCUUCGAUAACCUCAACAACCAGGAUAUUCUGAAAAAUAUCACCUCCCGGAUGCUCUUCACCAAGGCGUGGACUGCCACCGUGCACUCCGGGAUGAAGGUCUCCGAGAAUCUCGCGGAUCUCACCCGGUCGGGCGGUCUUUCCUCCUUGAUGCCCGCACAGGCGAGCCAUGAAUAUUCCCUGCAGGGAAUGCUUGCCGCCUCGGUAGCCAGCGAAGCGAAACUCGCCAGCGUGGAUAUCCGCCGCGACGGACCCUUCGCCAAGGAGGCCCAGCGCUAUUACCCUGGGGACUGGUACAGGGGUGGCAAAGUGGAUGAUAUUUGCGUCUUGGUCGUGGUUGCCGUGGAGGAAUGAUACGGCCGCAUCUCGGACUAUAAAUCCUACGACGAUUUUUAUAUAGUAUAGACAAAUAGACUAAUUCAUAUCCCAAAUGCCUAGGUAUUAAUAAUUACGCCGUAUUGUUCCUCCCAAGUAUGCAAG